CCUUGAGCCGCUACUUUCCAUCCCGUUUUCUUCACGCUUUCAGCCUGCGUGAGAUGAACCCCACCAAAAGCUAUUCAUGGUCCUUCUGAUCCUGCCAACGAUGUAUCGUCAGCAGGUGCAUAAGCUAUUCCUGCUUCUGGAAGUGAAUUGACCAUGCAGUCCAGCCUUUUAUACCAAAAAGGAUGCAUCGCAGUGUCCUCGAACCAGGACUUCCCCGCGUUUUCUUGUCAGAAUGGCCGCGCCUAUUCUUAUUCAAAUUGACAUCUGCUAAAGACAAUGGCAAGCUGGCAAACAGGCAAGGCCUCCACCCGCACAACCUUGGUACGUAUCGCUUCAUCGAUCCCCAGCUUCUUUAAUCACAAGCCAUGAUCUCCGCAUGAACGUUCAAUCUUCGGCUGAUCCUUAAUCAGACAGAGUAACUGCCACUUAGGGAACAAUCACUACAUAACCGAGUUUGCAUUCCCAAGUCUGUACUUUCUACGAAGUGCGUGGAGAUGCCCACUACUCUUUUGUAAAUGCAUACCGAACACACAGCAUCCGUAUCUUCAAGUUUGCUUGGCCUAUUACCUUGACAAUUCAAGUUUGACCUCGUGAUUAUUAUUCACGGAGCCCAAUCGUUUCAAAAACUCUGAUUUGAUUUGACGUUAACCAUUCACCUCCGAUCUGAUUGUAUUUGAGUCUCAUUUGAUCCUUGGUCAGGGAUCUCAGAGGCUUGUUUGCAUUUUACUUUGUUCGUCACCGUUACCCCUUUGCUCAACCCCUUUUCCCCUGUUGUUCCUGGAUACGAUAUUUUGCUCAGGGGACGAGCGACGUGACGUUUAAUUUAUUUCUUUUUGCCCUUUGCGCUUAUCCACUUCGAGUUUAAUAGCUCGAUGCUAUUCUUUGUCUCCAUUCGAGUCUGUACUCUGUCCUGCUGUGCUGUCAUUCCGUGGACCCUUUGAGCAUUCAUCCACUACCGAGUAAUAAUAUUCUUCUGCUUGUCUUUUUGAUCACUACUACUUUCCUGCUGAGUGCAGAAAGCUAGUGUUGCGGCUCUUAUUAAUCAUUUGAAGGGUUGGCGCGUCGCAGCCAUCGGCCGCGAACCCCUAAGCCAGCGGCAACCAUCUCCAAAGGUCAGUCCGUCCGUCCCCUUUCCACAACCGACUCCCCCAAUGAACAUUCCAAUUGACCACUAGAAUCAUUUCUAGACACGUCUCCAUUGGGGCCAUUCGUUUCGCGCCUUGACAUUUUUUGAUCGUCUUCUUCUUGUCACUCUCUUUUUGGUCUUCACCUUCGUUUCCCUUUUCUCUCCUGUUGCUCCAUUUCUCCAUUUCCCGUUCUCUUCUCGGGGGUUAACAUUAGCCCCAUUGUUCUUCAUAUUCAUUUCUCUUGCUCUUAUUCCUUUCUUUUCUUAGCUCCUUGGGUUAAUCCUCAAGCGUUCAAUCUCCCACCCCUUUCUUGUCCGCCUCAUUCGUUUUGACAGAGGCCGUUCCGUUCACGCCAACUUCGCCCGGACGCCGUACCUACCCCCUUCGCUCGUUCCGCUCGCCAUGCAAACCUCCGAUGCCUCGAGCCUCCCAAGUCGUCUAAAGUUUUCGCACUUGAACGCAGAUAGUACCGGAUUCUCCCACGGAGCGUACCAGUCAAACAACAUUCCCUUGCAAGGAUUGUCGGACCGGAAUUCUCGUCGAAUAAACAUUCCUGCCAUCAACACGGCGGCCACCCAAAGCACGACUGACAACAUGGCAACCUCGGGCGCGUAUGACAUGAACUUUACUCCUCUCCUCCCCUCCCAACUCCUGCUCGGCAGCCCCUUCCAACCCGGGACUCCGUCGGCGUUUACUUCUCCCCAGUUUGCCAACUAUGGUGGAUUCUCGCAGAACAACUCGGCACAGGGGCCACAGAACCAACUGGGAAGUCCGACACAAGCUUCGCACAAUGCUAGUUUAUACUCGAGUAUGCUAUCUGCGGAAGGUCUGGGCAACUCACAGAUGUUGGCUGGUCCUCAAUCGCCGGUUGGUGGCUUGGGAGGGCUCGGAAACGCUGCAUACGGAAGUCCUGCGGCGGCUGUAACCCCGGGUCUUCUCUCAGGCACGAGCCGAACUGUGUAUCUGGGCAACAUCCCUCCGGAGACCCCAGCGGAGGAGAUCUUAAACCAUGUCCGGAGUGGCCAAAUUGAGUCCGUCCGCUUGCUGCCAGACAAGAACUGCGCUUUCAUCUCGUUCUUGGACAGCAAUUCCGCUACGCAUUUUCAUUCGGAUGCUAUUCUCAAAAAGCUAGCUAUCAAGGGAAAUGACAUCAAGGUCGGCUGGGGCAAGCCAUCUCAGGUGCCGACCUCUGUCGCACUGGCGGUACAACAGUCAGGAGCCUCGCGCAAUGUGUAUCUCGGAAACUUGCCUGAGGAGACGACAGAAGACGAGUUACGGGAGGAGCUAGGGAAGUUUGGCCCUAUUGACACUGUAAAGAUUGUCAAAGAAAAGGCCAUUGGCUUUGUCCAUUUCCUGUCUAUCACAAACGCUAUGAAGGCCGUGUCUCAGCUACCUCAGGAGGUCAAAUGGCAAGCUCCAAAACGUGUAUUUUACGGCAAGGAUCGCUGCGCUUACGUCUCGAAAACACAGCAGCAGAACGCCGCACAGUUUCUGGGAAUUGCGCCGGGAUACGCGCACAUCCUGAACUCUGCGGAUCGUGACCUGAUCACCAACGCCCUCGCCCAGCAAUCAGUGGCCGCGGCAGCCGUAGCCACCUCUGCGGGUGGUGUCAACAAUCUGGGCAACCGGACCAUCUACCUGGGAAAUAUCCAUCCCGAAACUACAAUUGAGGAGAUUUGCAAUGUCGUACGCGGUGGUCUUUUGCACCAUAUUCGGUACAUUCCCGAUAAGCAUAUUUGCUUCGUCACUUUCAUCGACCCGACAUCAGCUGCUUCUUUCUAUGCCCUGAGCAACCUACAGGGGCUCAUGAUUCACAACAGAAGACUGAAGAUUGGCUGGGGUAAACACUCUGGACCCCUUCCCCCCGCUAUUGCUUUGGCUGUCAGCGGCGGCGCUUCUCGCAACGUGUACGUAGGCAACCUGGACGAGUCGUGGGCUGAGGAGCGUCUGCGUCAAGACUUUUCUGAAUAUGGUGAAAUUGAAUUGGUCAACACACUGCGAGAGAAGAGUUGCGCCUUUGUGAACUUUACCAACAUUGCAAACGCAAUCAAGGCUAUCGAAGGCAUGCGAAACCGGGAGGAGUACCGGCGCUUCAAGAUCAACUUUGGCAAGGACCGCUGUGGAAACCCGCCUCGCCAGACUGGUAAUGCUGGCCAGCAGAACCGCAACGGUGGCAUCGAAGGGCCACAGUCGCCUCAGCCGGCGCUCAAUGGCUUCCACACCCUUCAACCCGGCUCCCAACCCAGCCCAACUCGUCCGGCACUGUCGCCCGCUCCGGGCUCUACUGGAUCCCAGAAUGGUCAACAAAACCGCCAUCCUCUGCAGAACGUUGCAUCUCCGUCGGGCAUUUUGAACUCGGGCUCCAACAACCCGCUGACCAUGUACCUUAACCAAAUGUCGGCCCAGCAGGCUCAAGAGGAGGAAAACCGGUUGAAUGAUUCCCUUACUCUGGCCGCUCUGCAAUCUCAGCCCCAGUCCAACCACCAUCACCAGCAGUCACUCUACAACCCGACCAGCACCAGCGAGCUUACGAACGGCAGUAUCGAAGCCCCGCUGCACCAGCACAAGGCAUCCACAAACGGUUUUCUGAACGUCAGCAACGGACCAACUGGGCCCGGUCAUCACGCCACUGCUAGCACCGGCACUCUGAGCGUACCCCGCGCGCAACACUCGAGAGCCGUGAGCUUACCGUCAUUCUCCCAAGAGCCAUUCGGCCCCAUCUCGAGUCAACCCGGAGCUCAUCGCUCAGGAAUCGCACAUCACUCCCAGAACAGCUUCUCAAGCUUUUCGUCCGCUCUCGGUGGACUCAACCACUCAGGCUUCGGGUUGGCUAUCCAGAACGAGAACACUUUGCCUGGCUGGGCUGAAGAAGAGAUCGGCGCCAAAUAAACUCUUCACAUCUUGAGCUUUCUGCAACAUUUCUUCGACUCAUCUAUGUGUCAUCCUCUUACAUUUCCUAUUUUCUCUGACAUGGUUGAUCCUUUUCUGCAUCUUACCAUUCCGGAUUCUAUCAUUUUGAUUCUUCUACUGUAUUGGCUUACCUGUUAUGUCUUAAUCUUUCCAUUCCCUUCCCCUAAUAAUGUUUUAAUCCCCUUUCUUAUACCAUUCACAUGUAUUGCUAGCUGGGUAUGACAUUUUUUUCGCUUUCUUUUCUCAUUUUCUUCCUUUUGUUCUUGACCUUUUCACAUUUCUUUGUUUAUUCCCUUGCCUGUGGAGACGAGGGACCUCGGCUAUACCAUAGACUGGAUUGGUUAGGACUCUUUACGUCCCAGUCUCAAUUUUUUUUUGCAUAUGUUAUGCCAUUUUGAGGGAAACAACUUGGGCAAUCGUUGCUUCUCCGGUAUGGGACGGGACGACAGCAGGCUUCUGGUAUUCAUAUAAUGGCAACUGGCAGCCAUUGAGAAAUUUGAAGGAGAUGAGAGAGAGCCGACAAACAAAUAUCACGACAUAUAUUCAGUUAAUAUGCAACAUGUAUGAAUAGCAUCGCGUAUCUAGGCAUUGAUUGAAGAAAACUAUAAUAAAGCUUAAUCUGCCACAUUUUUAGUCGUCAAUACCAUUGCAAAGCCACGAGCUCUGCCUGAACAAGUUGGAACUGAAUGUCCCA